UGUUCACUCACCUUGUUCACUCGUCUCCCCUCGUUUUCACCUCGUUGUUCCUCGCUCACUCACAAGUCUUACAUAUGACGUCCGUACAGACGAAGAAUUCGCCAUCAUUGCUGCCUGUCGCUGCAACUAUUAUGCUCAACAUCAGGCGCCGUACAAACAUAUGUAUUUAACCGCAAAGGUCUAUAAGGGCAUGAAGAUUUCUUAUCAAGGAGAGCCUUACGAAGUUGACUACUUACAAGUACAGGCCGACCAGAAUGAUUUUGAUCCUUCACCUGAUUCAACACUUCCGUCGUCUUUGGAGCAAACCCUCCCACCAGCAAUCCUUCUUCUACUUCACAGGCAAAGGGCAGAGAAGGCGGAACAGAAAAGAAUAGCCAAAGAAAAAGAACAAGAGCAGGAGCUUCAGGAUCUUGAGGCCGAUCUAAAAAACAUGAUAUCGGAGAUCGUCAUUGCCGCUAGCUCAACAAAGAAGAGGAAAUGUACGCUCGAGUACUCCCAGACCACAAUUGUAGGAGUAAGGAAGACCUUGCUUGAGGUGAAGGGCCUCAAUACUGUCCAGGCGGGACAAAGAUGUCAGUUGGCCGUUCUCAAACAGGCACAAGGAAUUGAGUCUGAUGGACGGUCAGAAGAUUGUGUUCCAAAAUAGGAUGGUCCUUAUUGCCACCCUUAAAAAACUUAUUUCCGUCCAAAAAGUCUGCCAAUCAGGAGCCCCCUUUGUCAUAGAUGACGUAAUUAUCGCCUAGACUGUGCUGCUUUCAAAGUAUAAAAGCAUUGAGAGCUUUUGAAAAAUUUCUUCGUUUCACUUCUUGCUUUUGCUGUUGCCAUGGUCAUGCUAGGGUUCAGCGAUAUAGUCUGUGCAAAAUAUGGUGUUUUUGACGGUUCGACACCACGCUAAGGCACAAAAUAAAUAAAUAAAGCAAUAAUAAUAAUGGAACCAAUGGUCCAAAAACAAAAUGACAGUACCCUG